AUGUCAACUCCGAUGUUCACGGAGAGCUCAAGUAAAAACAGCAGAAGAGUGCAUAAAAGGAGAGAGAGGAAGUUGUGGAAGAAACCCAUCAGGAUUUCUAGAUUGCCCAGUUUCGGAUUCUCCGGCUCCGAUUUCACAGUCGAUCAAAUUCCGGCUAUCUUCUCCGGCUACACUGCCGAGUUGGAAGAUUCCUCUUCUCCGGAGAUGUCUGAUGGUUCCAGAACUUACUCGAAUGAGACCGAGGAAGUUGACCAGGAAAGUUCAAAAUCGGUGAGAAGAAUCUUAGAGCCUCAUUACUUGAGACCAACGAGCUCUUCAGCUUCAAAGAAAAUGGAAAAGAUCCAGAAGAAUCUUGAAGUAGUUAGGUUAAAGAGAAUGUCAAGCUUGAAAUACAAUGGGUUGCUUAAAGCUACAUGUUCUUCAGCUAUGAAAGGUUCUAAGAAGAGCAAUGAUGUUUGCAAUUAUAAUUAUUGUUCUCUGCACGGUCGGCCUCAUAGCCACGCCGCUGAUAAUAACAGUGUUGUUGGUGUUCCAUCUUUGAAACGGUUUGUGUCAAUGAGGAGGAAGGUUUUGAAGAGGCAGAAGAGUGUGAACCGGCGUUUGGUGCUUUUGAAGCGGACUUUGAGUAGAAAGAGAUUACCUUUAGGCGGUGGGACUGUGACUGAUCAAGAACCCAAUCAAGAGGUGUCUGAAGAAGAGGUUUAUACCUCGGAGAAUGGUGGGAGUGAUUCGGAGUCUAACGGAAGAUCUAGUGAGACUGUGAUGGUAGAUGUUGCUGGUGAAGAGGAUAGAGGAAAGGAUUCAAAGGAGACUGUUCCAUCAGCUAAAGAACAUGAUGAUGGGAACGUUUCUGCUGGAGAAAUGAGAGAAGAGGAUGGAAAGAAAACUGAAAAUGUAUGGAAUGAUGAAGAAUCUAAGCAGGAGAUUAUGGAUGAUUCAAAUGGAAGAAUCGGCAAAGAGUUUAAGGAGUCUAACGUGGAGGACAAGAAAAGAGAAGAAACAGUGGAAGAUAACGAGGAGGUUUGUAGAGAAGAGGAUGGAAAGAAGACAGAGAAUGUAUGGAAUGAUACAGUCAUGCUUGUCAAGCAAGCGUUUGAUGAGAUACUUGCGGAGAUCAGUGAUGAUGAUGACUCGUCUGAUGAUGUUUCUGUCACAAAGAAGGAUGAUGAUGUUGGAGCGGAUUCAAGUGAUUCAACUAGCUCUGAUUUGCAGCCUGUUGAAGAAAGAGAUACAUAUUUGUCUGUGAUUGUUUCUACUUCUCUUAUGGGAGAAGAGUCUGAUCAUCGGAGAGGUGGGGCCAAGAAGUGGAGUUUCUUGAAAAGAGUGAUUCUUCUCAAGAGGUUUCUCAAGUCCUUGGAUGGAAGAGAGAGGCGUAAGUUGUCUGAUGGUGAAGAGAGUGAGAAGAUGAUAAUGAGGUUGAGGAGAGAGCUGGUUGGAGAGAGGAAGAUUGCGGAAGAAUGGAUGCUUGAUCAUGCUCUUAGGCAAGUCGUUUCCACACUUGUCCCUUCGCAGAAAAGGAAAGUGAAACAUCUUGUUAAGGCUUUUGAAUCAUUAAUACCAGUGAAUGGUAAACAAGAAGAGGAGGAGGUUGAUACUUCCCUGAACAAUGUUGAAACUAGCGAAGAAGGAACACUAAAAGUAGAGGAAGAUUGUGAAGUCAACAAAGAUGAGCAGAGGAUCAGAAAUGUGUUUUCAAAGGUACAUCAAAAGGGCUUGAAAGGAGGAGAAGAGGAGGUUGAUUCUACGCCAAGGAAAUCCAGAAGUGUACUUCCUCCUAUCGAGAAUGUUAAACAGAGAACCGUGGUUGAGAAAGAGAAAGAGUCGAGAAUGUGGAAGCUCAUCUAUAAACACAUGGUAACAGAGAAAGAAGAAGGAAAUGGUGAAUCAGUGGAAGUGGAAGGUGAAGGUGAUGAUGCGAGAAGAAGCGGAACAGUUACACUUGUUAGAGAAGCUCUUGAGAAGAUCCUCUCUGAGAUCCCGGACAACUCACCCGAUGAUCAAUCUAUAGACAGCAACAUAACUACGGAUCAAGAAUUGUUCAGUCAAGAGACUUUGAAAGCAAAGUCUAAUGAGAAGAGAGUGAAAGGAUGGAACAAUGUGAAGAAAGUCAUUCUUCUAAAGCGGUUUGUUAGUGAUUUAGGAAGUCUUUCAAGACUCAGCGGCGAGACUCCUCAGGUUUUGCCUUGGGAACAUGAUCCAGAGACCGAAAAGAUCCGUUUGAGGCGUCAAGAAGUUGGAGGGAAGAGGAAUUCAGAGGAAUGGAUGCUUGAUUAUGCUUUGAGACAAGCCAUAUCGACAUUACCACCGUCUCAGAAAAGAAAAGUGACUCUUCUUGCACAAGCUUUCGACACUAUAAGCUUACAAGAUAUUGGGAGUUGUUCUUCCACCCCUGGCUCUGCAGCAUCGUCUAGGAACAUCUCUCGCCAGUCCAGCUAUUCGUCUACGGCAUUCCAUAUUGAUAAUGAAAGUAGUAAUGCUGAGAUCAUCAGAGGCAAACUCAGAAAUCUACAAGAGACUACAAAAGUUGAUUUGGAGGAGAAACAACAGUGCUCAGGCUUGUGGCGGUUGUUAUGCAAACAGAUGGAAGACAACGAGAGAAACCAAACAUUGCCUGAAGAAACAAGAGAAGAAGAACAAGAACAAGAAGAGGAGUUGAAGGAAGACACAAAUGUGGAUGGUGAAAAGAUGGAACUUUACAAAACUGAAGCAGUGGAGCUAUUAGGAGAAGUCAUAGAUGGAAUCUCUCUUGAAGAAGCUUGUCAAGAACAGAAGAAGAAUGAAUCUUUACGUGUCUCGCAAGUGAGGAUUAACAGAUGGUACAACCUCAAAAGAGUGAUACUACUGAGGAGAUUCGUGAAAGCGUUAGAGAAUGUGAGGAAAUUCAACCCUAAGGAGCCGCGGUUCUUGCCGUUGGAACCAGGCUUUGAAGCAGAGAAGGUGAAUCUUAGGCAUCAAGAAACUCAAAACAAGAGAAACUUAGAGGAAUGGAUGGUUGAUAACACACUUCAAGAAGUGGUUUCGAAGCUAACACCAGCUCGGAAACUUAAAGUUCAGUUAUUGGUUCAAGCUUUUGAGACACUCUCAGCUACAGAGAACUGA